UCCAAUUUUCUUGUGUCAGCUAUUUUGUGUCAGCAAAAGAGGUAUCAGCGACUACUUUUACAAGUUAUGUGCAUUAUUAAAAUAGCGAAAAACUAUCGCGCAAUUCAGCUGCACAACGAGGCAACUUAAUACUUGACGCUCAGCGCGUCUUGCCAAUGUACACAAUAGUGGGGUAACUCAGUCCACUGGAAGGAAGUUGCGUUGAAUUAUAAGGAUCAAAAUUAACAAUUUUUAUUGAAAGUGUGUGUUUUUUGCUGUGUGCUGAAGACUUGUUGCAACAAUUAGUAAAUAAUAUGACUGACCCCGAUAUACCCAGUGUUCCAGUGACAACUUUAGCUUGUUUGACAAGUUUGUCAGAUUUACUUAGUGAACUUCCAGUACCAGACACACUAGGUAGUGUUACUUCGUUGAAUAAAUCAUUGUUAUUCCACACAUUAGUUGCUAAAGAAUCGAACAACUUGUUGUCUGUACGAGAUGACAACCUCGUCAAACAGCUGGUUCAUGCGAUCGAACAGACCAACUCUGAAAUAAUAGAACUAAAAUCCCAGUAUGCCAUUGAGCAAUUCGGCACUAAUAUAAAUACCUACCCUGAAUUACUGCAGGGUAUAUAUAGCUAUAGUCCUACAGUGUUCAAUGCUAACAAUGGCAAAAUUAAUCAAAAAAAUAAGCAACAAGCUCAUCAACAACAACAAGAGCAAUGGUAUAAUGUAGUUCACGGGCAGCGUGGUAGCAAUUUAAUGCAGCAACCUGAUGACCUGCAGCGGUUUCAACAAGAAACGGCCCUGGAUCCAAAUAACACAGUUACAUCAAAGGAUUUAUCAAGUGGUAGUUUUCCAACAAUGGAAAUGACUUCCUUACAAAAUAAUAAUUUUGAUGUGCAAACUCCGAAAAAACGAAAACACCAACAAGCUAUAACGGAACCAAGCCAGUCAUUUCCGGUUGAAGACCAAAAAGUUGUUUUUGAAAAUAUUGCAAGCUUCCAAAAUACGGCUGCCUUGCAUACGGCGAUCAAUUCAACUCAAGCAAUAACACCAACAGUUGUGAAUGAACAAAAGGAGCAACCUGCGAAUUUAGCAUCUGAACAGCAAUCCACAAUUGUAAUGGCAAAUUAUCAAAAUCAAGCCACUACCCCAAUGACCGAUAUCAAUUGCGAAAUAAUGCCUCCCACUACUAUUGUCCAGCCGCCUGUGAAUAAUGGUUAUACUCAACAUGCGCCCGUCUUAGCUGCGCCACUAUCAACGGAAUUGAAAACUAAGCAGAUUUCAACACCGCCGCAUAUUAAAGAACAUACAAUAGAUGUGUCGCAGAUAAAUGCUAGUUUAAAUAGUAAAUCAUUAGAUAAGCCGAAAGUUCGGUUAAAUCGACUGAAAGAAAAAGAUGCAUCACUUAUGCAGCAAAGCAUAAAACAAUUUGUAAAGAAAUCACCAGAUUCUGCUAGAAAAUUUGGUUUAUUAACUCCACCAGAAGGGCAGUCACCCAAUCCAACCAAAACAGAAGUUGAGCAAGAGGCGACAAUACCAACCGUCGUAGCUCCUGUGUUAAAAGAGCCAACAACGCCCACUGUGCCGCCUGUCCAAAAUAUUAAACAAUUAACUACCAAGGCAACAAACGAAGACGCAUUUAAUUUGAUGAAAACAAAUGAAAAGCCACUCCCUGUCAAACGGAAGCUACCACCGCCAGUGGAUGAAGUUCCUCCAGAGCAAAUACACUCGCAGCCGAAAUUACGUUGCGUUGAACGCAUUGUAUCUACACCUUCUGCGAAAUGUUCGAAAGAUGAAAUUUUACGAUCACAAACGUAUCAGCAAUUCAUGCGGAAUUUAGAACAAAUUAUUGAAACGCUGGACGAUACUGAAGUGCCCAAUUUCGACACUGAUGAUGUGGAUGAAAACAUCGAGUGCAUAUCGUCCAGAAUGCUGAACAUAAUGAGCAACGACAUUGCUAAAUUAAAAGCAAAAUAUGUUUUAGAUGUUAUACCGAAAAACAAGUUGGCGCUACUGGUCAAUUACGCUAUGCGUAACGUAUAUUUGGCCAAAAAUUACUCAGCCGGCCCUGAUGAUGAAGAUGAUAUUGUGGAUGAUGAAAUAAUGGAAAAGAUUUUAAAUGGUAUCGAAGCUUGCCUACUAAUUUGCAACAUAUAUUGCACUUCCAAGGAUAUCAAGUUUCUGCAAGAAGAUAACAUCUCGUUAAUUAUUAAAUUCAUGCAUUUUCAGUUUCGUGAAACAAUCUUUCCAUCUUAUGAUCCCGUUUACACGGUGAAAAGCAUGAAAAAAACGGAUAAUCGUAAAAAGUCGAAAAUUUAUCAAAACUACAACCGCAGCCUGCAGUUGCUAUACUCAAAGGCCACCGAGCUAAUGAAAGUCUUCGUAACACUUUUUGAUAAAUAUAUAUUUGUGGAUACCAUCAUUUUGCCACUCUCCACAUUAUCAAUUGAACCGUUCUUUGUUGAUAACAUCGAAACUCUGCAAUUUGUAUGCUUGGAACUCGUAACGACUAUCUUUCGCAAAGAAGAGUAUGUGAAAAUACGCAGCAGCAUACUCGGCGAUAUACUAACAUCCAUUGACCGUUUGCCUUCUUCAAAGAAGAACCUACGCCCUUUUAAACUAAUGAAUAACAGCGGCAAUAUACAAAUGGUAACGGCUCUAGUGCUACAACUCAUACAGUGUGUCACCAUUUUGCCCGAUGUUAUGAAUAAUAAUGCACAGAAUAAAAGAAAAGCACUACAUGGCGAGCUCACCGGUCAAACUGCCGGAUUGGUGGCCACACAAAACGACCGACAAAACAUCGAUGUCAUUGUGCUGAAAAAAUAUGAUGUUGCCAUUAGCAUAGGUGGCAAUUUCCUAACCACAUUUUUAAAUAAGUGCAAAUCACGCUCUAAUGAAACCGACUUCCGUCCAAUAUUCGAAAAUUUUAUCUACGACCUCUUGGCAACUGUAAACAAACCUGAAUGGCCAUCGUCCGAAUUAUUGCUUUCACUUUUGGGGACUAUGCUGGUGCGGUAUGUCUCCGAUAAGUCUAUAGAACAGAGCAUACGUUUGGUUUCUUUAGAUUAUCUGGGCAUUGUGGCAGCACGUUUGCGCAAAGAUGCCGUGGACUCGCGCUACAAAGUGAAUGUCAUAGACUCGAUGAUCAGAUAUAUUAAAGUGGAGCAGGAGAAGGAGGGCGAUUUGCCAUCCAGCAAUAAUAAAGUUGAAUUGAAAGAAGAUGAGCGUGUAGAGUUUCUACAAAAAAUUCUCCUAGAUUUCCUAGCCGCCAAUGCACACGUAGACAAUCCCAUUUGGGAUUACGCCAGACAUUUCUAUUUAACUCAAUGGUAUCGUGAUAUAAUCUAUCAGCGUCGCAACAUCAACGAAGGCGCCAAACGUGACACAUCGCGUAAGAAGAGCUCACGGAAAAGGCGCGCGGAACCGGAUCUUUCCGGCAGUGAUUCAAACGAUGACAGCGGCGAUGAUAUGAAUUUUGAAAAUGUCGAUAGUCGUGUGGGCGGCGAUUGCACAAUGGGCGAUCAGGAGUUGAAUAUGGAGCGUUUCAAUUUGCUUGAUAAACGCAAGCAAUGCUUGUUGAAUAACAUCAAUCCAUACUCAACACUGGGUGAUUCCAAUCAUGCACAACAUAUAAAAACAUAUAUCGAUUACAACAAUGCACACUUAAUAGCACAAUAUUUGGCCAGCAAAAGACCUUUUAGCAAGUCUUUCGAUGGUUAUCUUAAGAAAAUUAUUUUGGUUGUAAAUGAGCCGUCGAUCGCAAUUCGAACUAGGGCCAUGAAAUGCUUAGCUAAUAUAGUCGAAGUCGAUCCAAUGGUACUCAGGCGUAAAGACAUGCAGAUGGGCGUGAACCAAAAGUUUUUGGAUGCCGCGAUUUCGGUACGUGAGGCGGCUGUAGAUUUGGUUGGUAAAUUCGUACUGAGCAACGAGGAGUUGAUUGAUCAGUAUUACGAUAUGUUGUCCACUAGAAUUCUUGACACGGGUGUUUCUGUACGCAAGCGUGUUAUAAAAAUUCUACGCGAUAUAUGCAUUGAAUAUCCAACCUUUCAGAAAAUCCCUGAAAUAUGCGUUAAAAUGAUACGACGUGUCAAUGACGAGGAGGGCAUACAGAAGUUGGUGACGGAGGUUUUUAUGAAAAUGUGGUUUACGCCGUUGCACAAAAACGACAAGGAUGGCAUACAUUUGAAGAUCAAUCAGAUUAUAGAUGUAGUUAAUAUAGCACACGACACUGGCACUGCGUGGUUGGAGGGUCUUUUGAAUAGCAUAUUUCAGCCCAAAGAGAGUACGGCCAAAGGCGAUGAUAGCAUGAAAGAUACAUUGCAAAAGAAAACCGAGCCGCCGGCUGAUAUUUUGCUAUCGUGUCAGCAGUUGGCUGAUGGUUUGGUUGGUCGCUUGAUCGAGCUGGAGGACACCGACAACACACGGAUGUUGGGCUGCAUCACGACAUUGCAUUUAUUGGCGAAAGUGCGUCCUCAACUGUUGGUGCAACACGCAAUUACUAUAGAGCCUUAUUUGAAUAUUAAGUGUCACCCGACAACGGCACCCAAAUUCAUUUGCGCUGUAGCAGACAUACUUGAGAAGGUUGUACCGCUUGUUAACAACGCUAGCGAGUCCUUCUUAGCCUCGCUCGAAGAGCAUUUGAUGCUGCUGGUUGUGUCGCUCAAUCAGGCGGUCGUAAAGAGUUGUGUCUCCUGCUUGGGUGCGAUUGUCAACAAGAUAACGAAGAACUACGCAUUGAUAAGAGAUUGCUUUCAAAAGUUUUAUCGCAUCUUAGAUCAAACCCGAAGUCAAAUACUACAAAACAGGCAGAUUAAUAACUUAAGUGCAGCUAUACGACGAAGCCUCUUCACCAUUGGCAUACUGAUGCGGUAUUUCGAUUUCAAAUCGAAAGAGGUGGUGGGCGAAACGAACGGCUUAUCGCCGACCAUAUGCAACGAUGUUUUCGAAUGUCUAAUGUUCUUCGCACAAUAUCAAAAUCACGAUAUACGUAAGGAGGCGCUAAUAGCUUUGGGUUCAUUUUGUGUGAUGAACGAUGACUAUUUGACAAAUACGAAGCUGAAGCGUUAUUAUUGCGACUUGUUGCUUUCCGAAACGAGCGAUGCUUGUUUCAAAAUCAUUUGUUUACGUAACAUAUGGAUUUAUCUGACCGAGUCGGAAAUGAAUAUGUUCAACAAGGAGAAGGAUUGGGAUAAACAGUCGAAGACCGAAGAUUUGAAGGAGAUGAACGAUGUGUCCUCGGGCAUGUCAAGUCGCAUUAUACAAUUGUAUCUGCAAGAGAUAUUCGAUUGUUUCCUAAAUAGCGAUGACAAUGUGCGUUUGUGGGCCGUCAAAGUAAUACAGAUCGUGCUGCGGCAAGGUCUUGUGCAUCCGGUGAAGACUGUGCCAUAUCUUAUAUGCUUAAGUACAGAUUCGAAACUGGAGUCUGCGCAUAGAGCGGAUGCCCUGUUGAAGGACAUCGAUAAGAUGUACAACGGUUUUGUGAAUAUGAAGGCACAGUUGGGCUUGCAAUUUAGCUUUAGAUUACAGGGCAUACUACAGCAGAACGUUAAAACGGGCAAAACAGGUAAUAAAGUUAUACGCGGUUAUGUUAAAAGACAAAUGGAUUCAAUGCCCACGGCACUAAACGACUUCUUAUACACACUUUUGCGUCCGAUCAAAACGCAACGGCGUGCACUCGUUCAAACAAUCGUUAAACAAUUUGACGAUCAAAAAACAUCACUACAACAAAUGUUAUAUAUAGCGGAUAAUUUGGCCUACUUCCCGUAUGUGGUACAGGAUGAGCCACUCUAUUUAAUACAUCAAGUCGAUUUACUCAUAUCUAUUGUCGGUACUAAUUUGCUCACAACUUUUAAAGAAAAUCUAAAACCUAGUGUUAAUGUAGGCGAUGUCUUAGAGGACGACGAUGACGAAGACGAUCCCGAUGUACUGUUUAAGCGUCUGCCAGAUAAUGCAUUCGAAAUGCAAAAAUGCAUAAUGUCUGCACAAGCGUGUAUGCUGUUAUUAAUUCUAAAAGAUCAUUUAAAACAUAUGUAUAGUUUAACAGAUGGUAAAAUAUCAAGAUACUCACCGUCUGAACCGAAGUUAUACGAGAAGGCAGUAGUUCGUAAAACCGUAUCAGAUUUUAAUCCUAAAACAACAAUAGAUAUUAUUAAGAAACAACAGGAGACGAUGGCAGCCUCCCAUGCUGCGAAUAGCCAAGCCAAUUUAAAUGAUGACGAACGUAUGGAUUUGGUUAUCAAAUAUUUAGAUUUUAAAAAAUUGAUGCUUAAAUUGGAUCCCGACGAUGAGGAUUCCGAAGACGAUGUUCGCAAUAAAUCGAAAUUGAAUGCCACAGCAAACACAUCAUUGCUGAAUUCGAGUUCGGCGAGUGCAAAUAAAUCCACAGAUGAUAGCUGUUUAGAUGGGGAUAAAUCGAUGAAGCAGGGGAAUUUGACUUAAUUAAGUUUUGUGACUAUAGUAAGAUGAUGAGUAAAAUAAUGAAAAUAUAUAUAAUCAUGUACAAACAUACUUUCAUAAAUAAACACAAAAAAAUUCAC